AUGCCUUCGAUCGGCCAGCGCAUGGAUCAGCGCUUGGCAUCACGUUCAACCACGUUGUGUUUCACUUCUGCUAGCGAGUCGGCGUGCAAGGAAAGUGGAGAGGGUUCACCGACCUGGAUCCUUCCUGCCCGCCAUGGUUUCCCAACCGUCCAAACAGCUGUCCGCUCCUUACCCACCGGCCCAUGUGGCUCUGGAGCCGCCGGAAGCCAGAAACCAGCACCACCCAGCUUGCAGCCCUCCAGUGCCACCAGCGACCAUAGCGGAAGUCUCCAACUCGGCCAGAAUCAUCAUGGUCGCGAAGUGUCUCAACCUCCCGGUCUUACUGGAGAAAAGCAUCACCACCAUCAUCUGACCUUCGACACUACCCGCUCAGAUCGCGCGAAGUCUAAAUCCCGUUCGAAGCACAAGCACAAGCACAGUAAAUCCGGCGACUUUCGGUUUCACCGAAGAAUGAACAACCUCGCAUCGUCCGCUGGUUCCAGAGGUCUCUUGCCAACAUGGUCCGGUAGUAAGGAAAAGGACAAUGAUGCCGACGAUGGCUUGCUUAGACCCAUAACGCAGGAGACAACCUGGUCGCGCUGGAGCUCGGAUUCCACCGCAGCAUUGGGUAGUGGGAGCCGAAAGGGCAGUUUGCUUGAUGUCAUAGACCCGAGCAACAAGCUUGGUCCCAUUAGGCGUCAAGAGAUACGGUCGAUGGAAGACCUGGAGCAGGUGAAGAGUAAACGAAAACAAGGGGAGGAGUAUUUACGGUCUGCCCUGUCAAUGAUCGGGACCCUUGCAACGGAUAUCACCCGUAGACUGGAUUAUACGUACUACAACCUCCUGGAGAAGCUUGCCGCAUUGAAUUCUACCAUCGCGUCAUUCCAGGAGCUUUCUAGUUCUACCUCUGCCCUUUUUGACGACUUCCAGCGGGAGACAUCGGGCUUGGACAAGGAAAUCCGGAAACAAAUGGGGGAAUUAAAAGAGUUUCAGCCCCAAUUAGAGAGGAUUAAGACGUUGGAAGGUCGCAUGAAGACGGGGCGACAGAGGGCCGAGGGACUUAACAAUCGGCUCGCGGCAAUGCGCCAUGAAAUUGAUCGCUGGGAUAAGAAAGAACUAGAAUGGCAGUCACGAGUUAAUCGCCGCCUUCGGGUCUUUUGGACUGUGGUGGUAGCUGGUAUGCUUGCAGUUCUCCUCGCCAUUGCGAUUCAAAAUUGGCCAACUGUGAUGGGCCCGGACUCUUCCGGAUUACCUUCGCAAGCGUUGUUUCUGACAAAUUCGUCGCAUGCUCUACCUCCGGAGAAUGAUCGUGGGGCGGAGUCAGAUAGCUCCAGGGAAGCUUGGCCACGAUCUCUGCGGAAUCUCCCUUAUCGCCAUACUAACCGGCCCUCUGGAGGAUCAGUUCCCGUCGUAGCGACGGCUACCAGAGAUGAUACCAACGUCAGGACUACUGAUCCAGACCCACUGACGAUAUUUGAUGAGCUAUGA